AUGUAUCCAGCAAUUCANNACUAUCCUCUGGCUUCCCAAAAGUUUACUGAAUUGGUAUUCAACAACNCCCCACCUCAGGAAUCUGAAGAUUGUUUAUACCUGAACGUAUAUGCUCCGGCUGGAAAGUCUCACGAUCCCAAGGGGCGAGCUGUUUUGUUCUGGAUCUACGGCGGCAAUUUCGAAUUCGGUAAUGCUGGACAGCCCACAUAUGACGGAAGUCAUUUUGCUGCCUAUAACGACGUGAUCGUAGUCACUGCGAACUACCGAUCAAAUGUCUUCGGAUUUCCAAGCUCUCCAGAAUUGCCUCUCUCCGGUCACAAUCUUGGCUUCCUGGAUCAGCGUUUUGCUUUGGAAUGGGUACAACGCAACAUCGACGCCUUUGGAGGUGACCCGUCUAAAGUCACGAUUUUCGGAGAGUCGGCUGGAGCUUACUCGGUUGAUGCGCUGCUCACCAGUUUCCCGAAAGGAUCAGAUCCACCAUUCCGCGGCGCAAUAUUACAAAGUGGCCAGUAUAGCUACAGACCUGACCCACGUACCAGUAGCGUACCUGCAUGGUCCAAUCUCACUGAAGAGCUUGGCUGCCCGGGUGAGUUCGAAAGUGACCUGGAUUGUGUCAAAGCAGCAAGUGCGACGGAAAUUCAACGCAUCAUUGAGGUCAACAGCCUCGUAUUCCCACCUAUUGCCGACAACAUCACACUUGUAUCGAAUCCUGCUGAGAGACGUGUAUUGGGAGAAAUCGCCAACAUUCCUGUUCUAUGCGGUACAAAUGCACAGGAAGGAAGUGUCUUCAUGUUCGGGCAAAACAACAUCACAACCUUUCUGAAUACCUACUUCAGCAUCUCGCCGGCUCUUGUUUAUGCUAUCCAANAAGUAUAUCCGCUUGGCGUAAACGGGCUCAACACGCCUAAUGAUGUGAUUUCAAAAAUAUUCACUGACUACUACUUCCAAUGCGUAAGUUACUAUGACUUGUGCUACAAUAUAUUCACUUACGUUUCUGUUCCAGCCUNNCAAGCUCUCUGGGCCAAUGCGUCUGCUGCAAGCGGCAUUCCUACCUGGCGAUACUACUUUAACGCCUCAUUCGCCAACACACAACCAUACCCUGGUCUAGGUGUCUACCACUCUUCCGAGAUCNCCCUUGUAUUCUCUACAUACCCUGAUUCCCAAGUCACAACCCAAGAGUAUGCAUUGAGCGAAUUUAUGCGUGGCGCAUGGGCUGCCUUUGCAAAGAACCCAGCCAACGGACCAGGAUGGAAUGCAGUGGGUACUGGUAGUGCAGGUGCUGUUCACAUCACGACAUCUGACAAUUCACUCGGCGGUAUACUGACAAGUCCCAAUGGAGAUGUACAACAAGGAGAUUGGAAUCUUGGUGUCUUGGGUGAUGUUGGAAGUGUUCGUGGAAGUGGUGUCACUGUGUUGCCUGAUGGUGCAAUUGACGGUAAAUGUGCUUUGUUUGCACCUGUGUAUGAGGCUCUCUUGCGUGGG